GUGGCGCUAAUCCGCACCACCAACGGGGGGUCCGGGAAACGCAACAAACAAGCUCCGAAUCGCAACGCCUAAGCCCUAACCGCUUUGAAAGUUGAGAUAUGCCGACAGCCUCACUCUCAGAGGAAACGCUCGAAGCUUGGCGACAACCCCUUCGAAUAUGGAAUCACAAGAAUCCAGGCUCGAGAAGGAUGGAAAUGGCACGAAUCUCGACGAUGUCACGGAGACGAACUAUGUCAGCUGGGAUCCCCAGGAUCCAACACAUCCUCGGAACUGGCCCUUGUGGAAGAAACGGAGUCAUAUCCUCCUCGUUGCUCUGAUAACAUUUCUAACGUGAUUUCCCAUCCCCAAAACACUUACAGAAAACAUGCUAAUUUUGGGGAUGGUAGACCCUUUGCUUCUUCAAUGGUGGCACCAGCAAUCCCGCAGCUGAAAACCAAGUUCCAUUUCGAAAGCGGGACUCUGGGCUCGUUUAUCGUAUCGAUAUACCUCCUCGGUUAUGUCUUUGGUCCUCUUGUCGUGGCUCCCAUGUCGGAGAUGUACGGCCGUCUUCCCGUCUAUCACUUUUGUAACGUCGGGUUUGUCGUUACUUCGAUUGCGUGUGCAGUGAGUACCAAUGUCCACAUGCUCAUUGGAUUCCGGUUCUUAGCUGGGACUUUUGGAUCAUCGCCGAUUGCGUAAGUUGGGAUGAUAUCCAUUCACUUUCAUGUGGAAACGUGACUGACAGAUGAUAGACUUGGUGGAGGAACGAUCUCUGAUAUGAUCGUUCAGGAAGAGAGAGAUUAG